AUGAGAGCAUUUACAAUUUCCGUGUUUGGAUUUCUUGUCAUUGCAGCCAUCAGCAGUUGCUUCUGUGAUGGGAAUUCCAGCGUCCUUUGCAUGGAAAGUGAGAGACAAGCACUUUUAAAGUUCAGGCAAGAUCUGAUUGAUUAUUCAAACAGGCUAUCUUCUUGGGUUGAAGGUGAGGAUUGCUGUAAAUGGAAUGGUGUUUUCUGUGACGACUUAACGGGCCAUGUCAAGGAGUUGCACUUGGGGCUUCCUGAUGAAAAUUUUGAUUUUUUUUCUGAUGAAUUUGUUGCUUACAUUUGGUCCAAGCUGGGAGGCAAAAUUAAUCCUUCUUUGCUCGAGUUGAAGCAUCUAAGUUUCCUAGAUUUGAGCAAUAACAACUUUGGCGGUAUUCAAAUUCCUGAAUUCAUUGGCUCACUAGGAAGUUUAACAUAUCUUAACCUCUCUAGAUCAGGAUUCCAGGGGGCAAUUCCUCAUAAGAUUGGAAAUCUCUCAAAGCUGCAAUAUCUUGAUCUUGGAUAUAGCAAUAAUCAACAGCCGCUUGAAACUGAAAAUCUCCAAUGGGUUUCUGGCCUUUCUUCUUUGAAGUAUCUUGACUUGAGUACUGUGUAUCUUGCUACAGCUACUGAUUGGCUACAGGUAACAAGCAGUCUUCCUUCUUUAGUGGAGUUACACUUGUUUCUUUGCCAUCUGAAUACUGCGUCAUUCCCAAGCAGUCCUAAUUUCACAUCUCUCGUUGUUCUUGAUCUUUCCGGAAAUGAGUUCUCUUCAGUACCUACGUGGAUAUAUGGUCUUCAUAGCCUUGUGUCCAUUGAUUUUACGGGCAAUUUUUUUAGAGGACCGAUACCAGAUGGUUUUCAAAACUUGUCUUCCCUUAAAGUUCUUGAUCUUAGUUAUAACUCAAUCAAUUCGUUGACAUCUAGUUCUUUGUCUAGAUUAAACAAUCUUCAAGUCCUUGCUCUUCGUCAUAACUACAUACCAGGUCAAAUUCCGAGUACCAUUGGAAACUUGACCUCGCUUAUUCACAUUGAUCUUGCAAUAAAUCAGAUCCAAGGAAUAGCACCAACCUUGUUGGAAAAUCUUUGUAAUUUGAGGGAGAUGGAUUUGUCAGAUAACGAAAUUGAUCAGGAGGUUUCAGAAAUCUUACAGGGUUUAUCUAGAUGCAGUUUGGACAAAUUAGUGUCAUUGAAUAUGGAAAAUAACAGCCUUUCUGGCCAUUUGAUUGAUCAACUUGGGCAAUUUAAAAAUCUAGUAUCCCUUUUGCUUUGGAAAAACUCCAUUUCUGGUCCCAUUCCAUUCUCGAUAGGAGAGUUAUCAUCUUUAAAGUCUCUUGAUGUUUCGAGCAAUCGAUUAAAUGGAACUCUUCCUCAAAGUAUUGGACAACUUAUGAGUUUAGAAAUUUUACGUUUGGAGGAUAAUCUGUUUGAAGGAGUUGUCUCAGAAAUGCAUUUUUCUAAUCUCACUAGAUUGAAAAUUUUGCAGGCAUCAAAAAACAUGUUGACUUUUAAGCCGAACCCAAAUUGGAUUCCUCCAUUUGAUUGUGAAAUUAUUGAACUGGGUUAUUGGAAUCUCGGCGCACAAUUUCCCCCAUGGCUUCAAUUCCAAAAGAAUUUGGUGGCUAUAGAUACAUCUCAUGCAGGAAUUUCAAAUGUUAUUCCCAGCUGGUUUUGGAACCUGUCCACCCAAUUUUUAGAGGUAGAUCUUUCCCAUAACCGGCUUGUAGGGGAGAUUUCAUAUUUGUUCAAAAGUAAUGUGGUUGACUUGAGUUUCAACCAAUUCCAUGGUCCAUUGCCACAAGUAUUCCCAAAUACAAAAUAUUUGUCAUUGAGUGAGAAUUCAUUUUCUGGAUCUCUUUCUCAUUUUCUCUGUAAUUUUUCAAUUGAAUCUUCGUUCAUUCUCGAAAUUAAAAAUAAUCUUCUGUCAGGAGAAAUUCCGGAUUGCUGGAAAUAUCUGACUAGUAUUUGGGUUUUAAAUUUGGGAAACAAUAAUUUGACUGGGAAAAUUCCAAGAUCAUUGGGUUCUUUGAAUCUUUAUGCCCUAAACCUUCGUAACAAUAAUCUGUCUGGAGAGGUACCAGCAACAUUGCAAAAUUGUACUUCUUUGUCUCUUCUUGAUCUCGGGGAAAAUCAUUUAAGUGGAAGCAUACCGGUAUGGCUUGGAAACAAACUCUCGCGUCUUGUGGUUCUAGGCCUCCGUUCAAAUAACUUUCAUGGUCAUAUUCCUGACCAAAUAUGUGCUCUUAGUUCUCUUCAGAUUCUAGAUCUUGGUCACAACAACAUCUCAGGAGGUAUUCCAAAAUGUUUUAGUAAUUCAAGUGCCAUGGUCACAAAAAAUCCAAGCAGCUCAUUUUUGAUACAAUACCAGUUUUAUGAUAGAGAAUUUAUGGAGAGUGCAUUGUUGGUGAGGAAAGGCAGAGAGUUUGAAUAUAGCACGACACUGAAAUUUGUUACAAGCAUAGACCUCUCAAGUAACGUUCUCACCGGAGAGAUCCCAAGGGAACUUGGAAGUCUCAAGGGACUGCAAUCAUUAAAUUUGUCAAGGAAUCUAUUGACUGGAAAAAUACCAGCGAACAUUGGCAACAUGGGAUUAUUGGAAUCUCUAGAUUUUUCCAUGAACAGACUCCUUGGUGAAAUCCCUCCAAGCUUUGCCAAUUUGAAUUUCUUGAGUUACUUGAACUUGUCCUAUAACAACUUGAUAGGACAAAUCCCAUUGAGCACCCAACUCCAAAGCUUUGACGAGUUUUCAUUUAUUGGCAAUCAUCUUUGCGGACCUCCUAUCACUAAAAACUGCACCAAAAAAGGUGUUACAAGUGGAGGCAGUGAAGGACACGUCGGACCCAAGGUGAAUGGCCUUUACAUCAGCAUAGUGCUUGGAUUUGUGAUGGGGUUUUGGAGUGUAGUCGCUCCCUUGUUUUUCAUGAGGUCAUGGAGGUUUUCUUACUACAACAAACUGGAGCACAUUGGUUGGAAGAUUUACGAGUUCUGGCAACGUCCGAGACGGAAGGAUUGUGUUGAUUCUAGACGUUUAAGUGUGUUACACAAUAAAGAUUGGGUUUUGGGUUUGGCAAUGAACUUUUGA